AUGGAGACAGAUCAAUCCGCCUGCUCAACCACCCUUCGAGUGGCCAUUAUUGGUGGUGGUAUUGGGGGACUGGUUCUUGCACAGUUACUAUGCAAUGACAAGAGAUUCGAUGUGACCGUCUAUGAGCGUGGAUCUAGAGAAGGCGAGGGUAACAGUCUUACUGGAUUUCGGAUCCUGGUUCUGCCCGAGAUUUUUGAAUCAAUGAGAGAGAAGAUGGAGCCAGAAGUCCGUGAACUACUGAGCAAGGCCGUCGGAGCAUCCAAAUCCUAUGGAAACCGAGUCUGUCUUAUGGAUCAGGCCUGCAGUGUCAAGUUUCGCAAUGACACAGCUGUGUCGCUCUCAGCAUACUCAGUAUCUCGAUGGAAACUCCGCAAUGCCUUGCUUCACGGGUCUAGAGACUUCGUUAAAUUCAACAAGUCCUUUCGGUCAUAUGACCAGGGGGAAAACACUAUCAAAGCAUACUUCGCUGAUGGCGACACAAUAGAAUGUGAUCUCCUUGUCGGGGCCGAUGGGGCCGGAUCUCAAAUCAGAAAGCAACUUCUUCCGAAUAGCACAAGGAGUGAUAGUGGUGUUACUAUCAUUUACUUCAAGGCGCCUUUCACCCCAGAGACUGAGGCUAUGAUCCCUUGGGAAUCUGGCGGGAUGGUUUUGACUCCUAGGCAAUCAAUGGUCAUUUCUUAUUUCAAGAAUCCAGAAAGUCCAUACGGUCCAUACAAUCUGGAAACUAUCAACCCCGAUGAUUCAUUUCUCAUGAUUGGUCUUGGCUGCUACUCGAACGAAUUUCAUCACCAGUCGAAGUCUUCAGACAAGAUGACACCAGAGGAGCUAAAAGACGAAUGUCUUGCCCGAGCGCGAGAAUGGCACCCCCUGCUUCGAUCGCUGAUCGCGAUUACUGUACCAAGCUCUGUCUUUGUCUCUUACCUAAAGACCCAGGAUCCGAUAAGUCCCUGGCAAUCCGGACGAGUGACCAUGUUGGGAGAUGCUGCUCAUAGCAUGACUCCAUACCUUGGAAGAGGAGCCACAAGUGCUAUAUCGGAUGCCAUGGCACUUGCUGAGACCCUGCAGUCCGAGGAUCACGCGCUUGUAACAAGACUUGCGGCAUAUGAGACUUCCAUGCUCCAAAGAGGGUUUGCAGCAGCCAAGAGUAGCAUGUUUGUUCAUAAUCUCGUCUUCAUGGCCGGUAACAGUCAAUGGCUAGCCCGACUGCGAAAUUUGGUUCUACGUCUUGCAGAUUGGUGUCUGGCUCAUCCGAACAAGUUGCCGGACCCAUUUCCAGUGAGCUACGGUGGCAUGGCAAAGAAGAUAACUUAA